AUGACUGACUGCUGCCUCACUCAGGCUGCGUACUGGCAGCUGCCCGACUUUCGGCCCCCCUCGCCCACGCUCUGCAGUCCAGAUGGGUGUAGGCCUACGAUCUUCAAGUCAAGGUCUAGCGUUCAAGCUCAAGGAAGAACAGCAGACGACUACCAAAUCCCAACGAAGCACUCACUUCGAAGGCUCGUACUUACAACUCGACAAAAAACCCACUUCGACUCCACCUUCGAGAUUUUUGUCUUUUGGUCUAUUCAGUGGUUGGAAUCUGGGGGUACGGUCCGCGUCAAGAAGGUUCGAAGUCGGAGAAACGAAGUAGGAAUAGACUCGGAAGUGUUGAGAAGGGGGGGACAGAAAGAAGUGUCAAGGAGUGGGCAGUCAAAGAAAGAAGUGUCAAGGAGUGCCAGUGGACCUAGAGAGGACUCGGGGCGAGGUAGAGGGCGAACUUCAUAG